GUGGUUCAUUCUAUUUUAUUUUGCAGUUGAUUGCUAAUUGGUGAAGUUUCAAUUUAUUCCAGUUUUUGUCGCGAAUAUUUGAUAAAAGCAGUUCUGCAAUUUCGGGAAGUUCCUUAUUGGUUAAAUAAAGUGCAUCUUUAAACAAUAGAAGGAUUAUUGCACUAUAAUAUGAAGUACCUAUUGGUGUUGGCUUUGCUUCUUUUAGCAGGCGUAGGAGAGAUUGUUGCGGAUGAAACCACCGAAGAUGUAGAGACUAUUGAUUUGGAUCUGGGUUCCUUCAAGGAAGGUUCUCGAACAGAUGCUGAAGCUCUCAAACGUGAGGAAGAGGCCAUCAAGUUGGAUGGUUUGAGUGUUGCACAAAUGAAGGAAGUCCGAGAAAAGGCCGAGAAAUUUACAUUCCAAACGGAGGUAAAUCGUAUGAUGAAACUCAUUAUCAAUUCAUUGUACCGUAACAAGGAAAUAUUCUUGCGAGAAUUGAUUUCGAAUGCAUCUGAUGCUAUCGAUAAGAUACGCCUACUUGCCCUCACGAACAAGGGUGAAUUGGAUACUAAUCCAGAAUUGAAUAUACGCAUUAAGGCUGAUAAAGAGAAUAAGAUUUUGCAUAUUAUGGAUUCCGGUAUUGGUAUGACUCAUCAAGAUCUGAUCAACAAUUUGGGUACAAUCGCUAAAUCGGGCACAGCCGAUUUCUUAGCGAAAAUGCAAGAUGUCACGAAAACAGAAUCUGGCCAAGACCUCAAUGACAUGAUUGGACAAUUCGGUGUUGGCUUCUACUCUGCUUUCUUGGUGGCUGAUCGUGUUGUUGUCACAACAAAACAUAAUGCUGAUAAGCAAUACAUUUGGGAAUCAGAUGCUAAUAGUUUCACCAUUGUUGAAGACCCUCGUGGUGACACCAUUAAACGCGGUUCUAUCAUUUCGUUGCAUUUGAAGGACGAAGCACAAGAUUUCCUUGAGGAGGAUACUGUGCGCGAAUUGAUCCGCAAAUAUUCACAAUUCAUCAAUUUCCCCAUUUUGAUGUGGUCAAGCAAAACUGUUGAGGAAGAAGUACCAAUUGAAGAAGACACAACAACUGAAAAACCAGAGAAGGCGGAAGACAAUUUGGAAGAUGGCGAUGACGAUGCUAAGGUGGAGGAAGAACCCGAAACCGCCGAUAAACCAAAGACAAAGAAAGUAUCCAAGACUAUUUGGGACUGGCAACUAAUCAACGACAGUAAGCCUAUUUGGACUCGUAAGCCAGCCGAAGUAACUGAUGAUGAAUACACAGAGUUCUAUAAGACACUAACCAAAGACAGCACUGAACCACUAACACACACUCAUUUCGUUGCCGAAGGAGAAGUUACAUUCAAGAGUUUAUUGUAUAUUCCGAAAGUACAGCCAUCCGAAUCUUUUAACCGUUAUGGCACCAAAGCCGAUAACAUUAAAUUAUAUGUCCGUCGUGUUUUUAUAACGGACGAGUUUAAUGAUAUGAUGCCCAAUUACUUGAGCUUCAUUCGAGGAGUUGUUGAUUCCGACGAUCUGCCUUUGAACGUGUCGCGCGAAACACUUCAGCAACAUAAAUUGAUUAAGGUUAUAAAGAAGAAGUUGGUGCGCAAGGUGCUCGAUAUGAUUAAAAAGAUCGAUAAGGAUAACUACAGCAAAUUAUGGAAAGAAUACUCAACCAACAUUAAACUCGGUAUCAUGGAAGACCCCAGCAAUCGUUCACGUCUCGCUAAGCUUUUGCGCUUCCAGUCGUCCAAUGGAAAAGAUGUCACAUCCCUUGCUGAAUAUGUUGAACGUAUGAAGCCCAAACAAGAACAUAUAUUCUUUAUUGCCGGUGCUAAUCGCGCCGAAGUCGAAAAAUCUCCCUUCGUUGAACGCCUGUUGAGCAAAGGCUAUGAAGUCCUCUACCUGGUUGAGGCUGUUGAUGAAUACUGCAUUUCCGCUUUGCCUGAAUUCGAUGGUAAGAAAUUCCAAAAUGUUGCCAAAGAAGGAUUCAAACUAAACGAGUCGGAGAAGAGCAAGUCCAGAUUUGAAGAACUGAAAUCUACAUUUGAACCACUCGUGAAAUGGUUAAAUGAAGUGGCCCUUAAGGAUAAGAUCUUAAAGGCACAAGUGUCGGAACGACUAAGUAACUCGCCAUGUGCGCUCGUUGCUGGUAUGUUCGGUUGGACUGGUAAUAUGGAAAGAUUGGCAUUGUCCAAUGCACACCAAAAGUCAGAUGACCCACAGCGUAGCUACUACCUGAAUCAGAAAAAAACUUUGGAAAUCAAUCCCCGCCAUCCACUUAUUCGCGAACUUCUGCGCCGCGUUGAAGCCGAUGAGGCCGACAGCACAGCGAAGGAUAUGGCUGUAAUGAUGUUCCGUACGGCCAUUUUGCGUUCAGGCUUCAUGCUGCAAGAAACAUCCGAUUUUGCAGACACCAUCGAAAAAAUGAUGCGCCAAUCUCUCGGAGUACCUUUGGAUGAACAAGUCGAGUUGGAUGAAGAUGAUGAGGAGCCUAGCAACGAUAAUGGAAGCGAUGAGGAAAACGACAAUGCAUCUGAGAGCACAAGUGACACAUUGAACGAGGAUGAUGAAGUUCACGAUGAACUUUAAGUAGAAAAAUUUAAGUUUAGGUCUUUAGAUAAAAAUCAUAUUUUCUAUGAAUAGUGGACUGAUUUAUUCCAGUUUGAUCCCUGUCUUCAUUUCGCCUGCAUUGCAUGUAUAUUUCUGCAUCAUACUCUGAAAUUGUAUUUAUUAUUGUGAUCGAUUUAAGAAUUGUCCCUGCAAAAGUAGCUACUCACAAGGUAAUAUUAUAUACUACCUCAGACAGCGAUUAAUACAUUUCCACAAAACGCAUUUCAAGUGCGCAAUUUUGGUGUAAUUAUGAGACAUAUUUUCUACGUGUAAUCUAGAAUUAAAAAAUACAUAUUAAAAUAAAAUAUUUGGUUCUUAAAAAAUGA